AUGCCAGCGUUUCAAGCCGGGGAGCGGUGCCAGGGGGGGGGGGGGGCGGUCGAGCAGCACAAUGAGGCGAACAAGGAGGAUCAGGCUGCCUACUGGAUACCCCAGGCGACACCUGAUGGAAGGCUCUUCUAUUUCAACACCCUCACCGGCGUGAGCACCAUGGAGCUGCCCCUGGAGGCGCCUGGCGCCAACGAGAGCGGCCCCCGCGACCGCGUCAACGUCUUUAUUCCAGAGUCGUCACGACCGCCCGCCGAGGCCUUUGCCUCUGGCUACAAUGUCGAUGAUACCGACGAUGAAACGUCUGCAUCCGACUUGGAAGGCCCCAAUCCCAAGGGCUCGUACAGCUCGCGCGUAAGUAUUGUGGACCACCACAGACAAGGCAUCGCUUAUCCGACGGCCUCUCAUCAGCGACCUCCAUGGAGUCGAUGA